AUGGAAUCUCUCUCAACUGGCUUUACCUUUACAAAGACCAUCCAUACAGAUCCAUACCCUGAAAUCUCGCCUUCCCGAGCAGAACUUUCUCAUGUGGGAAAAUCAGUGCUCAUCACAGGUGGUCAUUCGGGGAUUGGAUUUGCAAUCGCGCGAGCUUUUGCUCAAGCCAACGCACAAAGGAUCAUUAUCGUCGCACGACGCUCCAGCGUUGUUGAGGUGGCCGCUUCUCGCCUUGGAACCGAGUUCCCCAACACACAGGUGCUAGGACGAGAAUGCGACGUGUCCGAUCUAGCAUCCGUUGAUGUUCUGUGGCAGGGUCUUGCCAAAGAAGACAUCUUCGUUGACGUCGUUGUGCUGAAUGCAGCGACGUCCUCGGUUCGACCUAUUCUCGAAGCGGGCAGAGACACGGUCUGGGGUGAAUAUCUGCUCAAUGCGCGGGCAAACCUUGAUUUCGCCGAGCGACUUUAUAAGCAGCCGAACUCCGACGGGCGCCAGAAGGCCCUGGUUCAUUUGAGUACAAUGGCCAUUCAUGACACUCGAUUGAGUGGCAACCAACCCAGUUAUGGAUCAAGCAAGAGCGCCGGAACUAUGCUUUUACAACGCAUUGCCAAGGAUGUCUCAGCAGAUGACCUACAGAUUGUUAGCUACCACCCUGGUGGUGUCUACACUGACCUGGCGGCAAGCCUUGGCAUCCCCAAGGAUGCUUACCCGUGGGACGAUGAAAACUUGCCGGGCCAGUUUGCUGUCUGGGCUGCAUCAAACGAGGCGAAAUUUCUUCACGGCAGAUUCGUGUGGGCAAAGUGGGAUGUGACCGAGCUGCGUGAAGGUCCAAUUCGGGAGCGCCUUGACAAUGAUGAACAGUUUCUUCGAGUCGGUGUUGUUGGUAUUGAGAACUUCAAAAACCUGUAA